GCGACACGGGGGUUGUUUCCAGAAGAUAGCGAUAAUAGCUAGACUUGCUGCACAACACGACGAUCUGCAGCCUUGUUGUACUUUUAUAAUCAUGACAUCUACUCUUGAUGAUAGCGAAAAAGAAAAGGCACGCUCUGUGUCUGUGGACCUAAACAACGACGCCUCUCUACUCAUCGACAUUCCUGAUGCACUCUGUGAACGUGACAAAGUCAAGUUCACUGUCCACACCAAGACCACCCUGAGCUCCUUCCAGAAGCCAGACUUCUCUGUUCCUAGGCAACAUGAGGACUUUAUCUGGCUCCAUGACACGCUGGUUGAGACUGAGGACUACGCUGGGCUCAUCAUCCCUCCAGCCCCCCCAAAGCCAGACUUCGAGAGCCCAAGGGAGAAGAUGCAUAAACUGGGAGAGGGAGAAGCCACCAUGACCAAGGAGGAAUACACCAAGAUGAAGCAGGAGUUGGAGGCUGAGUACCUGGCUGUAUUUAAGAAGACUGUACAAGUCCACGAGGUAUUCCUGCAGCGACUAUCUUCUCACCCGAUCCUGAGCAAGGACAGAAACUUCCAGAUAUUCCUGGAGUAUGACCAGGAUCUGAGCGUACGAAGGAAGAACGCCAAGGAGACGUUUGGGAGUUUCUUUAAGAACAUGGUCAAGAGUGCUGAUGAGGUCAUCAUCUCUGGGAUAAAGGAAGUAGAUGAUUUUUUUGAGCAGGAGAAGACCUUCCUGCUUGAUUAUUCGUCCAAGAUCAAAGACUCCACUGCCAGGGCAGAGAAGAUGACCCGCUCUCACAAAAAUGUUGCUGAUGAUUACAUCCACAUCUCUGCCACUUUGAACAGUCUCUCUGUCGAUGACAACACUGCACUUAAAAAGCACCUUGAGAAGUUUGCGGACCUGUUUGAGAAACUAAGGAAAGUGGAGGGCAGAGUGGCGUCAGACGAGGAGCUGAAGCUCACAGAGCUGCUCCGUUACUACAUGCUGGACAUCCAGGCAGCCAAGGACCUGUUGUACAGGCGGGCCCGGGCCCUGGCUGACUAUGAGAACAGUAACAAGGCCCUGGACAAGGCCCGGCUGAAGAGUAAAGACAUCACCCAGGCUGAGGAGCACCAACAACAGUGUCUGCAGAAGUUUGACAAGCUCUCCGAGUCUGGAAAAAGAGAGCUGACCAGUUUUAAGGGCAGGAGAGUGGUGGCUUUCCGUAAGAACCUAAUAGAGAUGGCUGAACUGGAGAUCAAACACGCCAAGAACAACAUGGCUCUGCUGCAGGGCUGCAUUGAGCUUCUCAAGAGCAACUGAACCACCUGUCUCCUACCUAUCCUCCCAGACCGCCAGACCACCACCCACUGACCAGCUAGCCUGGGUGCCAGUCUGUUUAUUGCUGUCUUGCCAACUCCGUAUGGAACUGUCAUGCAGAACAGUGCCAAUGGCGUAGGCAAAAGCACAAACGGAUCUGGAACCAGGCUACUGACCCAGCCUUUGAGAAGGGAACCUGGAUACCCCUUCCCACCACCCUCUACCCCCAGGGGACCUUGGGUCGUGUUCAUUAGGGCACAUGGUAGAAAAACAUCCAUUUGCAAAAGAAAAGGAGCCUUUCUUAUUGCACAGCAUUAGAUGGUCCCUCACCGUUUCACUCGGUUUCGGAACACGAUCCUGGGUACCUCCACCCCCAAAUGAUGCCGUUUCAGAAACCUGCACAAGUACCUGCAGCCGUCUGUUUGCAGUUUGUCUGUCUUUCUGUCUGUCUCAAGGUUUACAUGGUCCCUGCCCACGUGGCAACCCAUCUCGUUCUACUCCGCCCCAUGUCCCAUGGAACACUCACCUUUUGUGAUGCCAGCAUUCCGGAACAGGGAGAAUGUAGCCGCUUGCAUUGUCUUCUGAUAUUACUCUUUCAUCUGGGCGCCUUCGUAAAUUCACUUUGGCUAUCUACUCCGAUUUCAGAGCGCUCUCGUCUGAGUGUGCCAGAAUGCAGAAUAACUGAUGAACGAACACCUGUUGAAUAUGGCCGGUGUCAGUAAACAUUGUAAAAAAAAAAAAAAAAACUUAAUUCAAUUGUUGCCAGCUGCACAGUUAGUCACCAACGCUCUGGAUAACGUGAAAAUAGCCAAACCACCUCUGACCAUUUUACUUGCCCUAGCAGAGUGAGGUGUUCUCUCAUUUAUGUCUGGAAGUAACUAGCAAGCUAACUUACUUUAGCCAGUUAGCUUGGAUGUUUGACUGCUGUUGUGAGGUCAGAAUGCUCAGAUCAACCCUACUCCUCGGCCAGGGCAUCCAGUGUGGCUCUAAAUUCACAAACGGACAAUCUGACAAUGUUCUGAAUUUACGAACGCCCAGAGCGCACUCUUGAGGGUCCUUUGGCACUCCAGAGUGAAUUUACGAAUGCACCCAUAGAUUAUGUGAUACAUUUUUCUAUUCUGGAUGGAUUACUCUUUAUUCUUGUAUUGUAUUUUCCAUUUUUAACGAUGUUGAUUGUGGAAUAAUAGCCUCAUUGUGAUGUUUUGCUUGCUUUUCACGGCACACUCUAACUAACCCCGUUAGGUCCCGCACUUUUAAUAACGUAAACGCAUACAUCUGGGUCAUGUUCAUUAGGGAACUCCGUAGCAAACCGUUUUGCGGCUGAACACAAGUGUUUAAUUUAGGUGGAAUUUGGACCUAUUGAAUGUGAAUCUGUAGUUUAAGAGUUUAACUAGGCAGAGUUGUUUUGGAAUAACCUGAGGUUUUUAUGGUGCGGGUAUAGCUAUCUAUAAUGUUUUCUUACUGCAACUCCACUUUAAACCAGAAAUACUCUAAAGAAUCACAUAGUAAAUAACUGACAGCUGAGCUCAGCUGGUUUGUAAUGGAACAGUUUUAAAGGUCGUAUUCAUUAGGCCACAGUGUAGCAAAACAUUUUGCAGUAGAAAACAAAAACAAUUUCUUAUUGGACAAGUUCAGAUAGUCCCUCCCUGUUUGUUUUUUCCUUUGGUUUUGUGCCUAGUGAAUACGACCCAGAUGGAGCAACUGUUCAUAAAGAACAUAUAAAGUGGAUGGAAAAGGGAGAGAGACUAACUUAGUGCCUAAAUAAAGGUCCUUAUGACUGCGUCCCAGUUGUCCACCUUUCUACCCAAGUGUGCACUUGCACACUCCCAUCCUGGAUUUAAAUACAUUGGAUUGAUAUAAGCAUUGGCUGAUGGGAGUUUCCACCAUUGUUAAAUCCAUGACAGGAAGUGGGAGAAUUGGGACUUAGACUAUAUACUCUAAGAUUAGUCUGGGCCGAACUCUCUCAAACCACCAGUAAAGUGAAGUGCUCUUCUUCAUGGUUAAAAACGCUGAGUAGACACUAGUGUGCGUGUGGUAGUGUAUCUAUACUGUGUGGUACCACACAGAAAUGCUUUGGCCGUACCUCAGGAAUGGCUACAUGGCUCUUCUCACAUUCGUCUUCAUUACUGCCAGUAACUGGAGCUAAAUUCUUAAGAUUCACAUUGCUUUUGACAAGUUUACUUACACAUAUUAUGGACCAAUAGAUUAUUUUCACCACAGCCCCUUUGAGUGUCAGGACUGGUAGUCGUCCCUUUAUCAAAGUUGACUGCCAAACAUGUGAUACGUGAUUAUUAUUAUUUUUUUAUUAUAUAUAAAAAAAAAAAAAAGUUUAUUCCCCCCCUCUCUUCAAUCUGCCAUGUCUAGACUAGUGAGUGCCAGGGAGCACUGGUUUCUGUACUCAUUGAGUGAAUGUUCAGUGGACUAGUUUGAGACAGUCAGUCAGUCAUUGAAGUCCACCUGUAGUAGCUGACUGUACUGUAUACCUAUGAAUCACGUGACACCCACACAGCAGGAAGUGUGAGGGCAGCAGCAGGUCCUAGUCCACUCACCCUUCAGCCAGUUGCUCUAGGGAAUUUCCAUGGUGACGGAAUUAUACUCAGAUGUUUCACUUUAAAAUGUAUACCAAACAAAAAGUUAAGUUAAACAUUGAAAUUUCCACUGAAAGUUUACAAACGCAUAUUUUACAGGAAGAACUGUGUAGAUACGUUUGGUAACAAAAUAAAACAGAUUUUCAUAUAAUUCUGUUACUGAACUUUGCAUCUGCCCAGUUUAUCCAGUAAUUUAUUUAUUUCUCUAAAAUGUUUAAAAUAGUUGUAUGGUUUGUUAAACUUUGAAAUUAAUGGAUUUUGCUUGACAUACAUUUUAAAGUUACUGUAGGAUUGCGCUCUGUGAAGUCAGCACAAUCAUUACAUUGCAUAUGUAGCCUGGUCAGUUGAGAAGCUUCAUGCAUUAUAUAGUUAACAUUAAGCAAGCAUCAAGCACUAGACUUAUAUUGGCUAUUGGAGAGUAACUCUGGUCCUAGCACUUAUUCAGAGGAGUUUGACUGACUCAUGUCCUUCAGCAUCUGCUUGAAGCUGUUGUCUAUGUUUUCAAUUCUAGAAUGUUCUGCCCUAAGUGUGCACUUGUUCACUUCCCUUCAUGAAUUUGAAAGGGUUUGACAUGGUUAUACCAAUCCAAUGUUUUUAAUUGUGUGAUGAGGAUGAGUGUACACUACCAAGAUAAUUGGGAUGCAGAGACUACAUGACUGUGCACUUCAUUGAUUUCCUGUUGUUUACCAGUGGCCUACUCCACCUGCUUACAGAGCAACACUAACCUAACCAAUCCCCAUGCUUCUUACUGCUGAUGCAGUAUUUGUUUUUAAGCAAUUAAGUUUGGCGUCGCGUAUAUUUCUCCUACUGCUUUUUGUUACUGACAGAACCUUUGCCUGGGUACCAGUCUGUUUCUGCCCUCUUGCCUACUCCUUAUGGAUUUGUCAUGCCUGGUCUGGCUUUACUAUGACAGCAAUGGCGUUGGCAAGAGCACUAACAGAUCAGGGACCAGGCUAUGCCUACACUCAUUAACCUGUGAAAUGGAAAGGGUUCAUAUUGAAACAAAAACGAUUGAAUUCUUUGAAUUGCUGAAGAAAAGAAUAACAUAUAAUGCACUAUGAAGGUGGUAAAUACUUAGCAAUCAUUUCCAAGCCCAGAGAGCUGUGUUUAUAAAGAAAUAUUAAAUGUUUUUUGCUAAUUGAAUGUAUUUCUAAUGGAUUACAACUGUGUGAAAUACUUCUUUACCUAGUUAUUUUUCUUAUGGAGCGUCUACAUAAAAAAAAAAUGCAAUAAUGUCAUUAAAUAAGUCCUACUUUCCCAAAAUA